AAGAUAUGACCGUGACUGAAUUGCGACACUAUGAUGGUAAUCAACCUGAUGGUCGCGUUUUAGUAGCGGUAAAUGGUUGGAUUUUUGAUGUGACAAGAGGGCGUCGCUUUUACGGUCCUGGUGGUCCAUAUGCGGCCUUUGGUGGGAAAGAUGCUACUCGAGGUCUAGCAACGUUUUCUGUAACAUCAUCAGACAAGGAAUAUGAUGACUUAAGUGAUCUUAAUUCAAUGGAAAUGGACUCAAUCAAAGAGUGGGAAGCGCAGUUCAGGGAAAACUAUGACCUGGUUGGUAAACUUUUGAAGCCUGGAGAAGAACCAACAAACUACUCUGAUGAAGAGACUGAGGAGACUGAGCCAGUCAACAAUCCAGAGGAUAAAAAAGCACAAUAA